UAAGAAAGAAAUUAAAAGAAGCCGGAAAACCCUGUUCCUGUAAUGGCUAAGAAGCCGGUGAAGUUGAUCAAUGAAGGAUCCUCUGUCAUUCUGGACAAUGGUUUGGUUCGGCUCACGGUGUCGAAACCUCAAGGGUAUGUCACCAGCAUCAAGUAUGGUGGAAUGGACAAUCUUUUAGAUCGCGAAUUGAGUGAAUCUAGUAGAGGAUAUUGGGAUAUCAACUGGAGUUUGCCUGGUGGCCAGGACAGAUAUAAAUUGCUGAGUGGAGCUGAAUAUAGUCUCAUUCAUAUGAGUAAUGAUAGUUUAGAAGUUUCAUUCAAGAGUUCUUACAAUCCAUCAUCUCCAGGAGGCAACAAAUUGCCACUCACUGUUGACAUAAGGUAUGUAUUGAGGAGUGGAGUUUCAGGGUUCCACUGUUAUUCGAUAUAUGAGCGUCCUCCGGGAUGCCCUGCCUUUGAUCUUGCUCAAACAAGGAUGGUGUUUAAGUUGCGGCGAGACCGGUUCCACUACAUGGCAAUCACAGAUGAAAAACAAAGAGUAAUGCCAAUGCCGGAGGACUUACUUCCUGGUAGAGGCAAACAGCUGAUUGUUCCUGAAUCAGUUUUGUUAGUAAAUCCCAUCAAUCCUGAUCUCAAAGGCGAGGUUGAUGAUAAGUACCAGUACUCAAUGGACAAUAAAGAUGGAGGAGUUCAUGGAUGGAUAAGCUCUCGCAGCCCCAUAAUCGGGUUCUGGGUUAUCUUUCCCAGUCAUGAAUUUCGAAAUGGUGGCCCUACUAAACAAAAUCUCACUGUUCAUACUGGUCCAGCAUGUUUAGCAAUGUUUCAUGGAACACAUUAUAUUGGAGACGACAUCUUAGCUCAUUUUAAGGAAGGAGAGACAUGGAGAAAGGUGUUUGGCCCCUUUUUUGUGUACCUCAAUUCAACACCUGAUGCGUCAAAUGCACACAACUUAUGGGUAGAUGCAAAAAAGCAGAGGUUGCUUGAAGAGGCAGCUUGGCCGUAUGAUUUUGUAUCAUCGCCCUAUUAUCUAACUGUAAAAGAGCGCGGUUCAGCUACCGGGAGAUUGUUUGUCCAGGACAGAUUUAUUUCCACUACUUUGAUUCCGGCUAAAAAUGCAUACAUUGGACUAUCAUCUGCAAGAACUGAAGGAGCAUGGCAAACGGAAAGCAAGGAUUAUCAGUUCUGGGUGCAAACAGACUCUAAUGGAGAUUUCACCAUCAAGAAUGUUGUCCCUGGAGUCUAUGGACUCCAUGGUUGGGUUCCAGGUUUCAUUGGGGAUUAUCUUGACAAAGCACUAAUCACCAUCUCUACAGGGUCACAACCAGAACUUGGAAACUUAACCUAUGUUCCCCUCAGAGAUGGUCCAACUCUUUGGGAGAUCGGCUUCCCUGAUCGUACUGCCACUGGUUUCUUUGUUCCUGAUGUGAAUCCAAUGUAUGUCAACAGGCUAUUCGUUAACAGCCCCGAGAAGUACAGACAAUAUGGCUUGUGGGACAGAUAUGCUGAUAUUCAUCCUGAAUCCGAUCAAGUUUUCACUAUAGGUGUCAAUGAUUCAAAAAAAGACUGGUUCUUCGCUCACGUAGACAGAAGAGGGCCAAAUAACAAGUAUCUCCCAACAACAUGGACAAUCAAGUUUAAUCUCGCUUCAGUAAUCAGUGGAAUUUACAAAGUGAGAUUGGCCAUUGCAUCAGCAACCCGUUCUGAUCUCAAGGUGUAUGUUAACUACAUAGAUGACGGUCACCUGGCAUUUGAAGAGAUGAAUCUAGGGAUGGAUAACACAGUUUGUAGACAUGGAAUUCAUGGACUGUACCAACUCUUCAGCUUUGAUGUUUCCUCAGUAUUGCUGAUCAAGGGAGAUAACUCAAUGUUUCUCACACAGGCUAGGGGUGGAGAUGCACUUUGUGGAGUACUCUAUGACUACAUAAGACUGGAAGCUCCUGCAUCCUCAGUCAAAUCAAAGUGGCUAGAAGAACAAAGGUAGAGCAUGAGAGUUGAGCUCCCCUGGCUAAAGAAACACAACGAUUUUGAGAAGAAUUUCAUCAUCCGUUCUCCGAAUGCCUGCUAACAAAAAUUAUGCCACGUCUUCAGAACAUGUAAACAGAAAUUCAUGUCUAUACACUUCAUUAUUUUUCAAAAGAAUUCUGGAAACUAAGAAGGAUUCUGAAAAAUCCAUA